AUGAACCCCCUAACAACAGCCAUCGCCCUCCUCUCAACCUCCCUCAUCCUCACCACCGCCGCCCUCUGCCGCCCCUCCGGCCUCCUCGGCCUCGGCGACUCCCUCCGCACCUUCCCCCCAGACUACCAAUUCAUCCUCCUCGCCCGCAACACCUCCGGUUCGCUCCUCGGCAUCUCCACCCCCACCACAGCAACAGACCCCUCCUCCGCGCCCCUCACCCUCACCGACGCCAGCGCCUCCCUCUUCGGCCUCACCCGCUUCGAACUCAUCAACGGCAGCCUCCGCACAUACAACGAACCCUACCGCUUCGUCGUCACGCAGAACAACCCCCUCCUCGCUCCUACGCAGCUCUUCGCGAGUCCUGAUGGCACUGGCCAGAAAGUCUCCGUCGUGGCGAAUAAUGUCUCCUGUGAUGGGGCGACGGGGUAUGCGAUUAGGUUCCAGGGCGCCGUGCCGGUUAGUAGUGGGAGUGGGAGUGUUAAUGGGACGUUUGCGGUGGGGAGUACGGUGACGAGUCCGAUUUUGGAGCCUUUGUUACCGAUUAGUGUUCUGAGUCCGAUUGAUUUGACGCUGAAGUUCUUUUGA